AUGUCCAACGACCUCACCGCAAAAAUAAUAUCCUCAUACGGCAGCCGGGAGACACACAGCACCGGCGAAGGAGGACUAGAUGUCAACAGUGCCACCGCCGGGUGGGAUUCAAGUCGGCCAGGCUCGAUAUAUACUUCCUCGAGGCAGUCGGCAGCAACACUACCGAGGGCGGCCAAGAGAAAGUUCAAGAGCUACCGGCUCCGAGGAGAGUACGAGAAGCCAUGGCUCGCCGACCCGGCCAUGAAGAAGACCAGGUGGAACAAUUGGAUCGUGACUGCCUGGUGUCUGGUCGGGUUUGCGGGUGCCGCUGUUCUUUGCUACACGGGCGUCAGGCAAUACCAGACUGGGCCGUUAUGUCUGGUGUUCGAGGAUGACUUCAAGACGCUGGAUACGAGUGUCUGGUCGCACCAGGUGACGCUCGAUGGCUUCGGAACAGGGUCCUUCGACUGGACCACCACCGAUACCAAGAACUCGUACGUCGACGAAGAAGGACUUCACAUUGUCCCGACUCUCACGACUGAGACAACGGACAUCACUGCCGACCAGCUCUAUGCCAACUACACGCUCGAUUUGAGGAAAGACAAGUCUUGCACGGGCACAACCAAUGCCUCUUGCGUCGCUCAUUCCGACCCAAAGACGGGUGCCAUGAUCCCACCCGUCCGGUCCGCUCGCCUAGUCACCAAGGACACCAAGACACUCCGGUACGGUCGUGUCGAAGUUGUCGCCAAGCUUCCCAAGGGAGACUGGUUGUGGCCCGCCAUCUGGAUGAUGCCUCAAGACUCCACUUACGGCGUCUGGCCCCGCUCCGGCGAGAUCGACAUCAUGGAAUCCCGCGGCAAUGGACACGACUACGCACCCGGCGGACGGAACCUAUACUACGGCUCCCUCCACUGGGGUCCUUCAAGCGCGACAGAUGCCUACUGGCGGACCACAUCGGCCAAGCGUCUCAAGCGCAGCGAUUUCUCCGAGAGCUUCCACACGUUCGGCCUUGAGUGGGACGCGAAGUACAUGUACUUUUACCUGGAUAACCGGCUUACGCAGAUCAUGCAUGUCGGGUUCAAAGCCAAGGACGACCUCUGGAAAAUGGGUGAGUUUGCGGAGAUGAGGGAGAACGAUACCCUCUUUGAAAAUCCGUGGGCGGGGAGUGAUUCCACGACGGGAAACGCGCCUUUUGAUCAGCCGUUUUACUUGAUCUUGAAUGUGGCGGUGGGGAGUAAGAUAGGGUGGUUUCCUGACAACAAGGGAAACAAGCCUUGGCUCGACUCGGCCACCAACGCUCAGUGGACGUUCUGGUCGGCUGCCGACCAGUGGCUGCCGACUUGGGGAGAGGGUGAUCAGCGUGGUAUGACGGUGAAGUCGGUCAAGAUGUGGAAGCAGGGUGCUUGCUAG